CUGUCACACACUGUCCUGAACGGAGCUACUGGAACUCUCCUGUUAUUGAACAGAUGAGGGGCUGUCAGAAAGGGGCCGUGUCGGGAUUAUUAGACCUGUGUGGCAGGGUAUUUUACAACAGAGCGGAACAAAGCCCAGCAAAGGUAAACAAGGUCAGCGGAUGUUUGAAAGCAGGGAAGAGUCUAGAGAAAGCAGGAUGUGCUGCCUUUGGUGGUUUGUACAGGAGGUUAUAAGUAGCAGAGCCAACUGUGCCAGGAGCACAGCGCAGACCUCAGCUGUUGAAUGAGCUCAGCUCAGUCUGGUUUCUCAGACCUCAGCGCCUGACGCCUCUCAUCACCUCCACCGCUCCCUGUCCUCGCUGGAGCUAUGCAUCCCCAGCGUCCUCUUCCCCAGGCCAUGCCUGCCUCCUCCUCCCUGGGACAGCACCUGAGGGACGUGGCCAUGGGUUUGGGCCGAGGCAAGAACUUCCUGGGAGGAAACUUUACCUAUGGUUUUAUCCAGUCAGUCAAGGAGUGCCUCUAUUUCCUCCUCUGCUGCUGGUGCAUCAAGGAGAUCCUGGACUGAUAGACUGGGAGAGGGUGGAUCAAGUGGUCAGACAUUGAUUUUGCUGGUUUCUCCUUUGGCUUCUAUAGUGUAAUUUUACCCAGCUUUUAUUUCAUCAGAAGUGGAGUGUUUGAUCAGCAGUGCUGGCAAAAACAUGGGCAAGUAUUAGUCUCAACCCAUAUGACAACACAGUCCCACCUGAAUACGUAGCAAAAGAAAACCACCACCAGUAUUUGACACCUAUUUUGGCAAAGGAUUUACUAUUUGCAUGAUUAUUUAAGAAAUUAAAAGUUUUAUUUUUGUUUUUCAGGAUCUAUAAGACGCUCAUUUUGGCCACCACAUUUCCAGACACUACAGGCUGGUCCAAAUUUUUGUUCUGAUCUGAGAUCAGAGGAACGGCACCACUGAUGUUUACUGUACUACGCAAACAGGAGUGGCUAUGAAUAAAAGGAAUAAUAGAAAUUGAA